CUAAGUUAUCUUGGUAAAAGUUAUCAUACAUAAAUAGUGUACGUGAUAAAACUGAUAUAGUUUAGCUAGUCAAUUCAGCUGUAAAAAUGAGAGUCGUUUCGACCUUAUUAGUAAUGGUUGUUCUUUGUGAGCAUGUCACAGCAUGGUUUGAUUAUAGUGUUCACUUUGGUGAUUGUUUUACUGUCAAUCACGUAACUGAUGACCACUCAUACCAAUUGUCAUGGAGCGGUUAUGAUAACUUUAGCGGGUGUAAAGUUUCUUUCCAUGGUUAUGAUUCGGAUAAUCCAUUGGACGAAUUUAAAAUAUGUGUGAAGGCAACAAACUGGAAUGUAGUAAAUCCCGGAGUUACUCUAAAAUAUUACAGCGGAAGUUUUGCCACCUAUCUAGAAAAGACAUUCUCUAGAAGUUAUGGUGAUCCAACAUAUAAAUGGUGUUCAGAUCCAAACGACUAUAUAGAUAUAAUGCUAACGACGCCUUCUUCCAGUCAAAAUCAAGGGCAGAUAACAUUGGAAGUUACUGCUGUAAAAACAUACUCUUAUUAUAAUUAUGGAGGAACGAUUGGUGGCGCUGUUGGUGGAGUUAUCGUUAUUGUUGCUGUAUGUAUUGUUAUUGGAAUUGCUUGUAGAAGACGUUCAUAUGUUAGGACAACAACAUAUACUUCUCCAACUCCAGCUUCCACAGUUAUUACACAGUCUGGAUCUCAACAAAUGGGAGGAUACAGCAAUCCAGGAUACCCAUCUGGUCCAGUGGCUCCUCCUGCAUAUUAUCCUCCAUCAAAUACUGGUUACAAUGCUCCACCACAGGGAUACCAGAAUUCGCCUCAAUAUCCCACAAGUGGCCAACAACCACCUCCCUAUCCAAGUACUACAUCACAACCUUAUCCAUCAUGAAGACCAACAACAAAACACUGAUUAUCUUGCAUAUUAGACUAUCAUAGAUUAAUAGUUGCUUUUUAUGAAACUGUAUCAAAUUAUAUUUGUUUGAAUUCUUUUAAAAAUUAAUGUAUAUUACAUGAAUUAAUAAAUAAUAUAUAUUCCGA